CUAUCACCCCGAAAUUGCCGUAUGGGUCCUCUUUCCAAUUCAGAUUCAAAAUCUGUAGUCCCUGCAAGAUCUGUUUGCCUUCCACUACUGUGCCGCCAUCCGCCACCCCAACCCCAACUUCCUCCACACAACUUCACUGCCAAACUUUUCCAAACUGCAAGACGAGUUGGAGAGGCUAAAGUUGACUGAUGGUCCAGUGUGGCACGUGUCGUCAGUUCUUGAAAAUAACCCAGAACUGACUCCGAGCUACCCGAGACAGGUCAUCGUCCCUCGCUGUAUCCCUGAUCUGGACCUCCUGAGGGGGGCAAAGCUGUACCGACAGGGCCGGUUCCCAACCCUCACCUGGUGCCGACAGGAUGGCGGAGUCUUCCUCCUCAGAGCUGCCCCUACCCUCUCUCACAGAGGGCACUCUGGCAGUACAGACAUGCGUCUAGACGAAACCAUACUACAGGCAGUGUGCGUCUCCACGGAGAAGACUCGCGGCAGUACGAAGCUCUACAUCUUCACUGAGAAACCUGACUCCACCCCCACCGCACUGAGCGAUCCAAUGCACACUAGUCUAACGGCGGCCCAGAAGAGAGCCUACUACUACCACAACUGUCAGUUCGAGUACAUCGUCUCCCCGCCAACCUUCAAAAACAUCCGUCACAGCUUCCGGAAACUCUCUGCUCUUCUCGAGGAAAACAAAGUAGGAGAAGACGAGUUUCUGAUAGCUCUGGACGACACCCAGUGGCUCUACAGGGUGCAGGAGCUCCUGCAGACUGCUGCAGGCGUGGUGGGUAAACUGGAGGAGGAGAGAGCUUCUGUCCUCGUCUCCUAUGACUCUGGCUGGGACAGAACCACUCAGAUCACAAGCCUCGCUCAGCUCCUAGUGGAUCCAUUCUACAGGACAAUGAACGGCUUUCAGAUAUUGGUUCAGAAGGAGUGGCUGUGGUUUGGUCAUCCAUUUGAAUCUCGACACACUCGCCACGGGAGAGUCAAGGACGACGGACCAGUGUUUCUGCAGUGGGUCGACUGUGUCUGGCAGGUAUUUCAUCAGUGUCCCUCUGCAUUUGAGUUCAACGAGAAAUUCCUAAUGGUGAUGGUGGAGAGUUCGUAUUCAGGGCAGUUUGGAUCUUUCCUUCUCAACAAUGAACAGGAGAGACACAAGACAUUGGCUGACGAGGCACACAAGCACAAGAGCGUGGCGACACACACCCUCUCGUUCUGGACCUGGGUUGGCAUGGUCAACGCAGCUGGAAGAACCUUCUUCAACCAUCUCUAUGACCCUCACACCUACCCAUGGGUCAUUUAUCCCAACUGUGCCGUUCCAUGCCUGAAGCUGUGGACGAGACACUACUCACAGAGCAAGUAUCAGCAACACCUGCAGCAUUCUGCUAACACAACUCCACUCCAGAAACAAUUGGACCAGCUUGUUAGAGAGUAUCAGAUGUUAAGCAGUAAGACAGAAGUGGGGACCUCUCCCCGAACUCCAUCUAUAGCCCUUCCUCCUGCAAUAGCAGAUAAGGAACCGCAGAGGAACUCCUUCGGGCUGGAGAGGGAGAGGGAGAGAGUGCGGCAGUCGGGGCGCUCCAUCCGCAGCAAAACACCGGCUCACUGCCAGAACAUUCAAGAGUACCUAACGUCUCAAGGAAUUGAUUGCUCAGUAUGCAAGCACGCCGUGAUAGUUGGAAACACUUGUCAAGGGCUCCUUGUCAAACUAGGAGGUGGGCUGGCAUUCCAGCUUUGUCCUCUGUUUACUUUUCCCCCACGUUCUCAAUAGCCCCAGCAAAACCUUUUGUUUAACUACACAUGCUUAACACUUGUCCGACACAUAAUUUGUCUUUUGUGAAUACAACUAUAGCUCUCAAGUCCUUGCUCACGAUAUGUUUGUUUUCUCGCAAACUGGAGAUAGUGCGCUUGUUUUUAGUUAGACUACUGGUUAAUUACGGGGUAAGUUGGCGGGGGGGGAAGGCGUGGUUUUGUAUUGUUAGGGCCUAUUGGGUGAUACAUGCGUCUUUGAAUAGGCUAUGUGUGUAUUAUGAUCCUUUUCCUGCGUACUACUCUAAACUGUGAAUCUUAUUGGUUUUCAUAGGUAGCCAGAAGGUAUGCGCCAAUGCAUCAUCGUCUGUUGAAUGGUCUCGAAAUUUUGUUUCUAGUUUUAAAAACAUGUCCACUAAUGUCGAGAUUCUUCGGCAUUUUGUAUUUUAUGGUUGUGGAUAAUGUGGUGGUUGUUUUGCUGUUUUACGCAGGAGUUAGAAAACACUGGCAAGAACGAUGGUUUGUGUUGGAUUUCGCCUCACAACUUCUUACCUACUUUGAGAACAAAGAGGAGUUCACGACCACAGACCGGGGCACGCCGAAGGGGGUCAUAGAGCUGACAAACAUGACCAGAGUGUGGCAAAACGACCGAAAGAAGGACCACUUGGUGCGACACAUCUUCACCGUGGUGACCAAAGACCGGACUUACCUGUUUCGCGCCCCGUCGCUCCUCACGAUGCAGAUGUGGAUAGCGGUACUGAACAUGCCACGGACUACAGUGGCGCUUGACUCGUGACCAGUUUACUGGUGUGUGUUUUGAGAUUGCACAUCCGCACAUCGCAUAGGGUAAUUUUGGUGGCUAGUCACUCACCCCCGCCCACCCUCCCACCGUCAACUUAUUGUUAAUCAUCCUCUUUCUUUCUCUGCUGCUUGUGUCUGUCUUGUUCGCCUGUCCCUCUUCGUGGAAGUGUCACAAGUCACGUAUAACGUCAAUUAUAUAUAUAUCAUUAUGGCUAAUCAAUAAUUACACCACUUCCCUUCAUUCGUUUAUCACGGAACAGGUGUUUUAGUGUUUUGUGACUCAUGAGAUUGAUUUUUGCAUUCAAACGCAGACCGCGUGACAAGGAAUCAUUGCGCUUGCUUUUUUCAAUGAAUUGGA